AGGUGGCCGAGAGUAGCUUGGAGAGGGUGCCUGGUGCAGUUGCGCAAGAGAGUGCGCCUCUUUUCCCCUCCCUCUCGCUCCGCUUUUUGUGCCGCGGCUGCUUCGUUAAUUCGGAUUGCCCCGCCCCAGCCAUGGUGAUCGAGGAAGUGCUGCCCCUGGAAAGUUCCAGCCUGGCCCGUCUGCUGCGAGAUCCCCAGGAAAGCGGCCGCACACUGGUGCUGGACUGCCGGCCCUUUCUCGCUUUCUGCCAGGCGCACCUGGUAGACUCGCGGCCCGUGCAUUGGAACGGGCUGCUCCGGCGCAGGUCCCGUGGCAGAACCGGAGUGAGCCUCGAUUGGCUGGUGCCGGACCGGGCGCUGUUGGGGCGGCUCCGCAAGGGAGAACUCACCCACUUGGUGGUGCUGGACGAGGCCAGCGGCUCGGUGGCGGCGCUGCGGCCGGACAGCUUGGCUAGGUUACUCCUGAACGCCCUCCUCUUGGAAGACAGAUCUGGGACCUCGCGCAUUUACCUGCUUAAAGGUGGCUUUGAGAAUUUCCAGGCCAAUUUCCCAGAACUCUGCUCUGAGACGCCUAUGUCAACUCCUUCCCCUGCUCUGAGAAGCCCUGAAGACAACAGCAAUGAAGCAAUCACUCCCCUGUAUGACCAGGGUGGGCCAGUAGAAAUUCUACCCUUUCUGUACCUGGGUAGCUGCUAUCACUCCUCCAACAGGGAGGUUCUGGAGUCCCUGGGGAUUACUGCUGUGCUCAAUGUGUCCUCCAGCUGCCCCAACCACUUUGAAGGACAGUUUCUCUACAAGAGUAUCCCAGUGGAAGACAACCACAUGGCUGAAAUCAGCGUUUGGUUCCAGGAAGCCAUCAGCUUCAUUGACUCAGUCAAAAACAGUGGUGGGCGAGUGCUGGUUCAUUGCCAAGCUGGCAUUUCCCGCUCUGCCACCAUCUGCCUUGCCUACUUGAUCCAGAGCCGCCGGGUGCGCCUGGAGGAGGCCUUCGACUUCGUCAAGCAGCGCCGCGGGGUCAUCUCACCCAAUUUUGGCUUCAUGGGGCAGCUUUUGCAGUUUGAGACAGAGGUGCUGUGCCAUUAACUCAGCGGCCUCUCAUUGCCUUCAAAGCCAGUUGAUAGGAAGCGGGGUGGGCAACCCUCCUUCCAAGGACAGAGAGACUGAUAACUCGUGUUUCUGUUUACAUCCCUAUGGGGGCGCUGUAACCCAGGACAAUAUCGCUUCUUGAUUGCACUAAAUGAUGCUGGAGGAUCCCUUUGGGGAGAGGAAUCCCUUCUGCAGCCAGACAAGACUUUCUCUCUUGGCUGUUUUAAACUGCCCUCCUCUUAACCUGCUUAUUGCACAAUAAGUAUCUUGGAUAAGGGCAGUGGAGAGGGGCUUAGACAAUGCGGAGGGGGAGCUGUCCCCGCUCCUACAUUGGUGAAUCAUUGUAAGGCCAGAACUCUCCCACUGAAGCUGUAAAAGAAAUCCAAACUAGGAUGUACUUUUGUCAAAUCAAUCAAUGUAGUCCCAAACUAGUGCUUGUUGGUGCAUUGUGUUCCUCCUUAGCUCUCUGCCAGAUCCUUGCAGCUUUGUGUCACAGCGAAGCCUGUGGUUUAAACUCUCAAUUUCCUUGUGUUAUCUGGGGGUUCAAGCUGUUCAACAGGGAGAAAUAAUCAGCCAGCUUGUCAGAUGAUGUCGUGUCUUACAAAUGGGUGCAGGACAUGUAAAAGAGCCACGGAAGGGCUCUGUGUUAAAGACAUUUGUAUAGAUAUCAAUAAAUCCAGGCAGGCAUCUUUUCUCCCUUUCUCCAGCAUCCUUGUGAUGUAGGCUAAGCUGAGAAAAUGGUACUAGCAGAAGGUGAUCCAGGAAGGUUCCUGGCUAAUAGAGGCACAAGCACCGUCUAUUCACAUGGGACUAACUUUUUAAUGCAUCACCCAUGGAGAUGGUGGACUGACAGACCUGCGGCUGAAGCAUUCCACUUCCUUCUGCUGGUCUUUCCAGCUUCUGGGCCUCAGUUAUUAGCAGGGAUUUUUCUUUCUGCUUUUCUUUGGGUAAUCCUCCUUCUUUGUUCAUCCUCCUCUGCUUCAGGCUCAAGUAGAAAUGUCCAGGGAGAUUCAAUUCUACACUGAGCUCUUGAUAGCCCACUAGAAUACCUGGUGUGAUCCACUUGGCUCUUCGAUCACCAGCCUUACUUAGGUCACCCAAUGACCAACAAGUAUUCUCUGUAACCGGUUAUUGGUUGUUCAUAUAUGCUGUGAAAAAGGGAGGCAUGGGGGGGAGGGGCAAGAGUCUUCCUCCCCACCCCACCCCAAAAUGCAGGUCAGGAGCAUUUGCUGGCCCAGUGCUCUACAGCCUUCCUUGUGAGUAGAGUGAGCCUGGGGAGAGAACCAGCCAGCCUCCUGUUCUGCAGGGACGGAUCUCCUUUUCUGAGUGCACUGAGAACAGACAACACCUUUUGCAGCCAAAGAAAACCUUCCUUUCCUUCCUCCGAGGUGUUGUCUUGGACCACAGUGGGCACAAUCUACUGGGAAAGCCUCCUGCCCAGCUCCUGCUCCUUUCAGUAAGCCUUGCACAGGAGAACCUCCCGGUGGAUUGUACCCAAACUCAUUCUCCGCCCCCCCCAACUCCUCCCAUCGAGCAAUAUAAAGUUUGUACAUUCAUGCGAUUAGGAGAAUUUUGUUAUCAACUGACAUUUUAAAUGUCUCUUGCACUUUAUAUUUAUUAUCAGCUGUUGCAAUAAAAAAACAUUUUUAUAUUG